CCCAAAUCAACAAAGUUAUCUUAAGUUCUUAACAAAUAAAAUGGCCCAAAUAUUUAUAAUUUUAUACCUGAUUCCUGAACCUCAGAACCUGAUACAGUGAGGUGAGCAGUUGAGACUUGAGAGAGGCGGAGAGCAGAGAAUCAGAGAGAGGCUGAGGCGGUCCAGCUGGAGACUGGAGACUAGAGAGAGGCGGAGAGCACAGACUAGAGUGAAAGGGAGGAUUUAAUGCUUUUUUUACCAAGGGUCUGGCUUAAUGGAAUCAUCUGCCAUUAAAUCUGGGGCUUUAGUGUCACUACAAGACUUACACCAGUCUUCUCCAUUCUUCAAGCAAGGGGCAUCACUUAGAGUUACUGGAAAGUUACAAGAGUAUUCUGUUGAGACAGCCAUAGCCAUAGUUGUUGAUGGUAAUGCCAAGCUGAAGAUCAACACUCAGCAUUUGAGGGACCUCAGCUUUCGAGUCGGUUCUAUCUACCAAUUCAUUGGUGAACUCCUUAUCCAACCUGAUGAUGAGGCAAUAUUGCAGGCACGUGUGGGUAGGAAUGUUGAUGGAAUCGAUUUAAAUCUCUAUCAUCAGUCUCUACAGCUGUUAAGACAGUUUCAAGCUGAUCACUUGAGUACAACUUAACCCAGUUUUAGUUCUGUAAAGAUACAACUGGAGAUUUCACCAAGAAAGGUAUCAAUAUCAUAGCAAACUAACUAGAACCCAUAUUCAUCCUGUCAAAAAUUAGAUGGCUUAUUUUGUGUGCUAUGUUGUGAUCUGGAAGUUAAUUUUCCGUUUAAGCUGAUCUUUAAUAUUGUUCAUCAAAA